CUCCAGCGCCUCGGCUCCCGCUACCCUAGAGGGCGGCCGGCUGCGCGCGCUGCUUUCGCUUUCCCUUCCCCAGCCCCGUCCUCCUCCUCGUGCGGCGCUGGGACCCGGGACCCCCGCCGCCCAGCCAUGGCCACGCUCAGGGUGCAGCCUGAAGCCCAAGCCAAGGUAGAUGUGUUCCGUGAAGACCUGUGUACCAAGACAGAGAACCUGCUCGGGAGCUACUUCCCCAAGAAGAUUUCUGAGUUGGAUGCGUUUUUAAAGGAGCCAGCUCUCAAUGAAGCCAACCUGAGCGACCUGAAGGCCCCAUUGGACAUUCCUGUGCCUGACCCGGAGAAGGAGAAGGAGAAGGAGGAGCGGAAGAAACAGCAGCAGGAGAAGGAAGACAAGGAUGAAAAGAAGAAAGAGGAUGAAGACAAAGGUCCUCCCUGUGGCCCCGUGAACUGCAACGAGAAGAUCGUGACCCUCCUGCAGCGCCUAAAGCCUGAGAUCAAGGACGUCAUUGAGCAGCUCAACCUGGUCACCACCUGGUUGCAGCUGCAGAUACCUCGGAUUGAGGACGGAAACAAUUUUGGAGUGGCUGUCCAGGAGAAGGUGUUUGAGCUGAUGACUGCCCUUCACACCAAGCUGGAAGGAUUCCACACUCAAAUCGCCAAGUAUUUCUCGGAACGGGGUGAUGCCGUGGCCAAAGCAGCCAAGCAGCCCCACGUGGGCGAUUACAGGCAGCUGGUGCAUGAGCUGGACGAAGCAGAGUACCGGGAUAUCCGGCUGAUGGUCAUGGAGAUCCGAAACGCUUAUGCUGUGUUGUAUGAUAUCAUCCUGAAGAACUUUGAGAAGCUCAAGAAGCCCAGGGGAGAAACAAAGGGAAUGAUCUAUUGAGAGCUUCCUCGUACACUGUCAUGGGUCCAGCAGAGACCUUCCUGUCUCUGACAGGGAACUUCAGACUUUGUGCCACCUUCUGCCAUUUGAGGGUUCUCCCUCACUUGCCUCUUAGGCACAAUAAAUAGAGUCAUAAUG